UGAGCGGCGAACAUCAUCCAGAGAAAGUGACCACCACUGAGCAGAACAACCAGACUUUGAAGUCUUUGACUAAAGUGUCCCCAUGAUUGCCCUGAAGUCCUUCCUAGUGGCCCUCUUCGUGCUGGCUGCUAUGUGCAGCCUUGCAGCAGCCCAGUUCGGCUACGGUGGUGGAUACGGAGGUGGCUAUGGCGGUGGCUACAACCGUGGAUAUGGAGGAGGCUAUGGCGGUGGUUUCAACCGCGGAUACGGAGGCUAUGGUGGAGGCUUCAACCGUGGAUACGGAGGAGGCUAUGGAUUCGGCCGCUGAUUCUUUUAGCCAUUUGCGAUGUUAACGUCAUCCAUGUGAACCGGACCAGAAGAGGCGAUAUGUAAGAACACCCCGUGUCUGAAAGAAUAAAAACAAGAAUACACUUGU